AGAGAGAGGGAGAGAGAGAGACUCCGGCAGUGGAGGGAGGAGAGGCAACUUCACCCGGGCUGAUCGCUGCGCACAGAGGAGGAGAGAUCGCUCCGGAGCGCAGCGUGCUGCUGAAGCGGACUGUUGGAUGAGUCUGGACUGAAUCACUCUGCUACACACAGCGCGAGAGAGAGGGGGGAGAGAGCAGAGGGAGGAGAGAGCUGCGCCAGGGAGGCAAAGGAAGGGAGCGGACACCGGAGAGAAGACGCUGAUGCUGAGGGAAAGUUACCAAGUGUGGAGAUGUUUUGUUGACUGACACUUUACGAACUGGUUGGACUCUUCAGAGCCACUUCGCUGAACUGGAUGCUGUUUUAAACCAAAUUUAAGCGCACUUUUUUUUUUUUUACCCCCUCAUCCCGCUGGUCCUGAUCCUGGUUCCGUUGGAGCAGAAUAAGCAGAUCGGAGCAAGAGGAAGGGUCUUUUCACGCGACACAACAAUGCCCUCUCUGUACCUCAUCUUUUGCCUUAUGGUGACAGCAGCCACCCAAGCAGCCUACUUCUCCCAACAGCCCCAGGACCAGGUGGUGGUGUCAGGUCAUUCGGUGACCCUACCUUGCGUCAUUGUGGGCUACAGAGGAAUGGUACAAUGGACCAAAGAUGGUCUUGCCUUGGGUGGAGAGCGAGAUCUACCAGGCUGGACUCGCUACUCCUUAAUGGGCGACCCGCUAUCAGGCGAGCACAGCUUGGUGAUCGAUUCAGCGGAGCUGGUGGAUGAUGCGGUGUAUGAGUGUCAGGCUACACAGGCGGGGCUCCGAUCCCACCGUGCCAAGCUCACUGUACUAGUUGCUCCCUCUGACCCCGUGGUGGAAGGCAGCCCAGUCGUACGGCUCAAGGCCCACACGCCACAUAAUCUCACCUGCCGAGCCUCAGGAGCCAAACCUGCUGCAGAGAUCACCUGGUACAGAGAUGGAGAGGUCAUGGAGACCGCCAUUUAUUCCAAGACACCAAUGGAAGAUGGGAAGAGGGAGACAGCUGUCAGCAUGCUUCCAAUCGUUCCCGAAGACAGCGACUCCGGACGCACCUACACCUGCAGGGUCCUCAACCCAGCUGCCCCCGCUGGACGUCAGACAUCAGUCACAAUCAAUGUCCAGCACCCCCCUUCAGUGACAUUAUCGGUCCAACCUCAAACUGUGACAGAGGGGGCCAAGGUUCUCUUCAUCUGCUCUGCUUCAGCAAAUCCUGAGAUCACUGGUUACAGGUGGUCAAAAGGAGGAGUGCCUAUCUCUGAAGCGAAUGGGGACAGCCUUGAGGUGACCGUGGACUACUCUUACUUUACUGACCCCGUCUCCUGUGAGGUGUCCAACUCUGUGGGCAGCACCAACGUCAGCACCCUGGUAGAUGUGCAGUUUGGCCCCAGACUUCUGUCGGAGCCUAAGCCGAUGACCGUGGACACUGGAAUGGACGCAGCCUUUACUUGCGCGUGGACAGGAAACCCUCCGCUGACCCUGGCCUGGACAAAGCAAGGCUCCAGUGUGGUGCUCAGUAAUGGUAACACCUUGCAACUGAAGGCUGUUACCCAGGAGGAUGCUGGGACAUACACCUGCAAGGCCAUUGUUCCUCGGAUUGGAGUUGCAGAAAGAGAUGUCACUCUAACUGUGAACGGUCCACCUAUCAUCACAGCAGACGCCAUGCAGCACGCUGUCAAGCACUCCAAGGGCAAGCUAGAGUGUCGGGUGGGAAGCAGCCCCCCUCCUGAUAAGAUUGUGUGGACAUUUGGGGACAUGAGUCUGUCCUCUGGGACCUCGGGGCGUUUCUCUGUGCAGACCGUGACCAGUGACCACGGGGUCUCGUCCUCCCUGGUGCUGUCUGAAACUCUGGUGCAGGAUUUCCAAACGCGCUACAACUGCACCGCUUGGAACCGCUUCGGCACCGGCACGGCCCUGGUCACACUGAAGGAGCAAGAGGCAGUGCCCAUGCUGGUAAUCAUCGGUGGAGCAGUGGGUGGAGGAUGUGUUCUGCUCAUUUGCAUCAUCACGCUGGUCUCUCUCUGCUGCAGGCACACAGGCAAAGGUGAGCUCAACGGAAAGAGGUGCACUCGUCUUUCCAAGAGUGACAUUAGAGUUCAGAUAGUUCACAGCGAUCACAACGCCACACGAGGCAACGACGACGAGGAGGACGUCAAAGAGCCAAUGGCUCCUAACAGCAGCGAGUCUCCAGGGACUUCGCGCACAGAACACAGCGACCUCUUAGAGGAGGAGGACGACGAACGAUCGGACAUCAAGGAUCCAACCAAUGGGUACUACAAUGUUCGUGGCCAUGACGAUCGUCACAUCCGGAACAGUGGAUUCUCUGAGUAUGCGCCCAAUACUCGCCCGGUCUACACUCCAUCGCAGCUGCCCUCCCCCAGCCCUGUGUAUGGUCAGCAGGGCACCCAGCCUCGGAUCUACGAAUUCAACCAUCGCUACGCAACCAACACAGUUAGCAGAUCCUCAUAUGAGCAGCAGCAGCAGCAAGCGGCCCAGCAGCAACCCACACAACCAGCCAGUAUAUAUCCCACAGAUCCUCUUUACAGUGGUUCAGCAUACCUGCCUGCUACCUACGGCCGUGCCUUCACCAGCUAUGUUAAGCCUGCAUCCUAUGAGAAAGUGGACGCCUAUGACCAAUCGGACCAAGCUAGUAAGGUGUCUAGCUCGUCUCGCUUUUCUUACGCUUCCUCACAAGUGUCCUCGCAGCAGUCCGACUAUGGCCGGCCCUCACAACGCAUGCAGACUCAUGUCUAAACAGACAGUACAUGAAAAAUAAAAAUAAAAUUAAGAGUUACGCACGCCAUGCUGAUGCGCGGCUGAACUAACAUUACCAGAGACAUUGUUUGCUGGGACAAUCCUGCAAGGUUUAAUCUGGACUGAAUUUGCAGGAUUUAGUGAGUUUUUGGUUUUCUGGAACCAACCUAUGAUAAAAGCUGGUAUGUACGACAACGCUACUGAGAGAACUCCUUCGAUGAAUAAUCCAGCAGACCAGUUAGACUCCGCCGCUCGAAC